AUGUCGGGCUCUGAUCCUCUCGGAGCAGGAUCCAGCGGCUACGGCGCCGCUGCCGCCGAGGACCCGUGGUCCGGCUUCAGCCCGUCUGCCGCCGACUCGUCCAAGUCGUCUGCACCCCCUUCGCCCGCGCAGGAGUUGGAGUCUCGUUCGUCCUACGUCAAUGCCGCCACGGCCAACGGCGGCGCCCGCGCCAGCAUGCAUGCACCGCCCCAGGCCCAGGCCCAGUACCAAAGCUUCCUUUCGGAAAGGCUUCCUCGUUCUGGAUCGAGCUUCGGCGCCAAGAAGCCGGCCGCGACCGCCAACGGCUCCACCGCCGCUGCUAAAACAUCGCCCGGGCUCGAAAACGAAAGCGCCGAACUGGCCUGGGGCUCUCCAAGCCCGGCGCCGGCCCCCUCCAAGGCGCUUGAGGACCUCAGGAUCACUGGUGAAGACAAGGGGAUCGCCAGCGAUCCUCACAGCGCGGCUGGAUCAUCGUUCACCAUCCGCGACUCGGGCAAUGCUCCGAAUGUCCAAGGGAAAACGGCUGGCGACCCGCUUUCGCAGCAUCAGCAGCAGGGCGAGCAAACGGGCUUGCAGGGCACCGGCCCGGACGAAGCGGUGCGCCGUGCGGGCCACGCCGAGGACGCCGCCGGAGACGACGACGACGAUGACGAGGAAGAAUUUGUCUAUCCUGGCGCUCCGGACGAGCGGGCCGAGGAGCAGCAGGCGGACAAGGCCUCGUCGGUCGAGUCGGUCGAACCCCUUCCGGUCGACGACGGACCUCCUACUCCGGCCGCCACCAAGGUCGAGUCAGCCGCCGAACCUCCUGCCCCGGCUGGCCAGGGCGUCGAGGGCGGCACAACAGCCCAGAGCGCCGAGAGCACCCCUGCGCCAAGACGGACUGCCACGCCUCCACCCAUCGACUACGACCGCCUCGCAUCCCUCUGCUCCCGGGGCAACUUGCCGGAGCUGCAAAAGUUCUUCGAGGAAACUUGCGCCGAGCCUCCCCGCGGAUCUGGAGCCUCGGCCUUUGCUCUGGCCAACGAGCCCAAUCCCGCCAAUGGGCUCGUCCCACUUCACUUUGCUGCAAAGGAGGGCAAGACCGACGUCGCGAAGUGGCUCGUGCAGGAGGCUGGGGCCAUUGUCGAGAUGGAGGAUCGGGAGGGCGAGACACCUCUGCACAAGGCUGCGAUGAGCGGCAAGCUGCCGGUCCUGACGUUCCUCCUUUCCGCCGGUGCCGAUGCCAACGCCAAGGACGCCGACGGAUGGACCGCUCUGCACAAUGCAUGCUCGCGAGGGUACCUGGACAUCGUCCGCGUCCUCAUCGAGACUGCGGGUGCCGACAUCGAGGUCCAGGGUGGCCGCGGCGGCUGGACGCCGCUGAUGAACGCCGCCUCCAAGGGUCACCUGCCGAUCGUCCGCCACCUGACGGCUAAGCAGCACGCCGACCCUUUUGUGCGCAACGCCUCUGGAGAAACGGCCUACGACGUGGCCGCAGCCACGUUUGAGAUCUACAUCUGCGAGGUGCUCGAGCGGUACGAGGCAGAGCGCUGGAACGCUUCCAAGUUCUCGGCGACGGCGGGCGGCAACCAAUCCUCGACCGCCAACAGCACCGGCCGGAUCGUGCCCGGGCGCGGCCCAUACAACCCCUUCGCGCUGCACACCACUGUGCCCAUCCUGGUCCACGAGAACCAGAGGCUCGACACCCGCUUGAAGACCCUUGCGGUCAACGGCGGCAAGCCGCGCUGGAGCUCCUCGAGCGCUGCCCGACCUCAUAAGCCGGAUCGCAGGGCUCCGAGCUCCAUGCCUCCUGGCCCCCUGGCGCCGAGUCGGACGAGGCACACGCCCAUGCGCAAGGACGACGUCGAUCUGCCAUCUCGGUCGAUGCCGUACAAGCUCCGCUUCCGCUCACGGACCCCUGCCGGCGGUCCGGGCCGCCGCGGUCGGGGCGUACCACCGCAUCGUCGCGGAGCACAAGCUGCUGCAGCCGUCGCUGUCGAAGACGAUUUGGCGAGCACGCCUACCCCGGACUCGGUGCUGGGAACACGCAGGAGCUCGGAUGCCGAGCACGUCGAGAGCUCCCACUUCUGGCUGUGCGAGUGGCAGCGAGACCUGACCCACCCUCUGGUCAGCGUCGAGGAGGGCUGGCAGUACGCGCAGUCGUUUGACGCACUCGAUGAUCGGUGGUCUGCCGAGGUGCCGCCCCCGCUGUCGCGCCUGCUCGACGGUGGCGGUCUCAGUGCGUCCGUCACUCGGGCCAUUACCGGUGGUGCCAGCCUGGCAACGGCGCAAGGUGACCAGGAGGCAGCGCAGACAGGCUGGGUGCGAAGGAGGCGAUGGAUCCGCGUCAUGCGGCGGCGCCUGGACAUCGAGUUCGGCGACGAGCUCGAGGCGUCGGAGUUUGCCUUUGGCCAGGAUGGCCCGGCCGAUGCUGCUGCCGACGUCAACGCCGCUCUCGGGAUCGAGUCGGCCAGCAGCCUGUCGACGGCUGCCAUCAUCGCGGCGCAGGAGGCUGCUAGGACCGAGUGUGCCCAGCUGGGCCCCGAUGCCGACUACCUCAGCCGCGCCAAGGCUCUGGCAGGAUCUGGCGCCGCCUCGGGCAGCACGCCGGCCGACUCUCUGGGUCAGGACAAGGAUGAAUUGGCCCGAAGGAUCGCCCGCCUCGUCAUGGCCAUCACGGAGCUGAGGCAGGCGUUCGACGACGCCGACGGCGAGCGGCAGAGUCGAGCAGAGGAGCUCCGACGUGAGUUCACCGUUCAGCUUGGACAGCUCCGCGAGGCUGCAGGGCUCGACGACGACGAGGACGACUUGUCCGACAUCGACGAGGACGACUUCAUCUAUCCGAACUCGUACAAGGACGACGGCGCCUCCGUCUUCACGCGCUUGCCGGCGGCCAUCACCGAUCCGGCUACGCCCGGCCCUUCGACGACGGCCACCAGCCGCCCCAGCAUCCCGCAGCGUCACAGCAGCGCCGGGUCGUUCUUGCGGGGCGGCGUCGCUCCGUCCGAGGCGGGCACCGCGCUCGGUGCGGCCCGCAGCGCCGAUCUGGCCGCCAGUCGCGACUUCCGCGUGCCGACCAACGAGGCGCCCAACAAGGUCCUCUACGGGCGCGAGCCCAUUUGGCGUGAGCAGAACCUGCAGCCCCAGUGGGAGCGGGACGAGCAGGCCUCCGACUGCCGCGGGUGCGGAAGGCGAUUCACGUUUUUCCUGCGCAAGCACCAUUGCCGCCGGUGCGGAAAGAUCUUUUGCGAUUCGUGCUCGUCGCACCGGGCUGCGCUCAGCGUCCAGGAGCUCGUCGUCGACCCCUCCCUCCCCGGCAUGGCCCUGAGCGAGUCCGCCGGUGCCGCUAGGAUCUGCAACAGCUGCCACGCCGAACGCCAGCUCCCACCUUCGCUGCAGAACCUGCGAGGCGCCGACGCACUGAUGCCGCAGCGACCGGGCAACACGAGCGCCGCGGGCGAGGAUGAGUUUGGACGCAGCCUUGCUCCGCCCAGCGAUGUCUCGAGCCGCGCCAGCGAGCUCAACGAAUGCCCCGUCUGCAACAAGACGCUGGCUACCCUGGGCGGCCAGGAGGCCCAAGAGGCGCACGUCAGGGCCUGUCUGGAGAACGGCGGAGGAGGCAGCCUGCAGGGCGGACGCUACCUGGUCUACAAUCUGCCCGAGAACUCGCCCAUCGUCGGCAAGGAGUGCCUGAUCUGCAUGGAGGACUUUGCCGCCAACAACAAGAUCGCCAGGCUGCCCUGCCUCUGCUACUUCCACCGCGCCUGCAUCGAUUCGUGGUUCAAGCGCGGUCGCGAGUGCCCCGUCCACGCCCGAUCGUGGUGA